AUGGCUUAUGAUCUGGAUGAAAAUACCACUCAAGAUCUUAGUGCAAGCUUAUUGGUUUUGGCUACUUAUUCGAAUUUCUAUUCCAUCGUCACUGUUCUUGUUUGUUUCAUCAUCACAGUUGUCUUUAUACUAAGGUUAAAUGGUGAUCACUUAGCUUUCAGCUCCUCAGUGGUUGUGAAGCAUGUUAUUUCAGAGCAGCGGAUGAUUGGAAUCCAAAACCCAUUUUCAGUUCAGAUGGAUCCUUCUUGCACCAGUUCAUUAUUAAGUGGUCUACAUUGCUUGGUAUCCAGUUUGGCUUCAAGUUCUCUUUGCUGCUACUGGGGAGUAGACAUUGAUGCUUUGUAUAAAGAAUUUCAGCUUCCCUGGAAAUACUUGCAGUAUUAUAUUAACUCUGAGAAAUUCUUAGUUGGGUCUUAUAUCCAUAAAGAACAACCUUUGCAAUUAAACUCAUGCAAUGAGAAAAAAUUGUUUUUACCCACACCUCAGGUGAUGAAAGAUGUUGUGAUGGCUUCUAGUUCUAGGACUAGAUAUCCAGUUGUUCUUCUGAAUCUUUCUCUUAACAAGACAUAUUCAUCAGAGGGAGGUGUUGAAGUGGUUGCUUUGAUGAGUGUGAUCCAUUUGAAAGAUACAACAUGUAGCAUGAAUUCAUCUAUUAUUAAUCAGCAUUUGAAAACUUGCAAUAAUCAGAUACUAAACUUACAGCCUUUGUUUGUUGCUUCCACUCCUGCUGCUGAGGACAUUGAUAAUUCAGUGACAUCCCUUUCAUUAAACACCACAGAAUCAUCAAAUGACCCAACACAUGAAUUUUCAACAAACCAGAAACAUUUAGAAAAGCAAUCAAUACAAAUAACUUCUCAAAAUGCCAGAGACAGUGAAUAUUUGUCUAGAACUGAAAGAAAUGAAUGCAUUGUUUGUCAAUGUGAACAAAUAACAACAGUCUUAUUACCAUGUCGUCAUGCAUGUGUCUGCAACAUCUGCUUUGCUAAACUUGAGCGCUGCCCAAUGUGCCGGGAAUUCAUCUAUUCUUACUUUUGGGCACUCUGCUCAAUUCAUUUAAUAGUCUGGAACAAGGCAUCAGUCAGGAGUUCUUUGUGGCAGCAAAUCACAUGGUGUAAUGGAAGCACGUCUCUGCCUCAACUGCUGCUUUCUCUGUCUUCUCUUCUCACUUCUCCUCUCUGGGAUCUCUACUCUCAAGUGGAUUUCAGCAUUAUCUUCUAUUAUUAUUCACGAAAUGAGAAACAAAAUAAAAAUAUAUUUUCUUUUGUUUUUGGUAUGUCUAUCUACUAUCUUCUUUAUACUCACCAAAUGAGAAAACAAGAUGAUUAUAUUUUCUUUUGUUUUCGGUAUGUCCUUCUAUCUAUCUACUACCUUCUUGUCUUUGUGUUUACUUUAGAUUAA